UAGCAAACACAUUCAUCUCAGAAAUUAUUGCUCAAUGCGUUUCCACCUGGAUAUCCCCGGUACUUAAGCUUUCUUGCACAAUGAGCCACUUCUUUCGCUGUGUGUUCAGAGCCAUGAUGCCAAUUCACAACCUUUCGUUCCAAACCAUUGACAUCCCAACAAGUACCAAUUUAUAACCGUAGCGGAGGGAUGUACAACAUUCUUUGAUACAACCAGCAGUCGGUCACGGUCAAUCAGUUGGAAGCAUAAAACCUCCCACGAAGCCCACUCCAAUGUCACUACAUAUAAUUAUUAUUGUUACUAGAUGUGCUAGAAUAAUGCUGAAAGUUUUCUCUUUUCAGAAAUGUCAGAAAGUCUAUCAUCACUUUUAGAAUGUCCGUUAUGUUUCGAAUCUUUUAAUAACCGUGAACGGUUACCAAAGAUGCUGUCAUGUCAACACACAGCCUGUCUAGAAUGUUUACACAAAAUCGUCGGCAAAAGGACAAAUUUCGUGUGUCCCACCUGUCGUUCUGAGUAUAAGGUUCCUGACGAUGGUGUCAAGGCCCUUGCGAAUAAUCUCACAAUAAUAAGUAUGAUGCAACACGUGACUCAAAAACAACGCAGACUAUCACAAAUAAAGGUUUUCAACGUACAGGCUCUGAAACGUAGCCUUUUAUCCAAGAUUCAGAGUCUUAAUUUCAAACUAUCCAAGCUGGAUCCGAUAGCAGAGGUGAUAUCGAGCAAAUGCCAAGAUCAAAAAUCUAUGUUGAAGUCAAUUGAUGACUGCUUCCAAAGAAUCUACCUUGGCUUGGAGAAACGACGAGAGAUUUUGAGAAGUGAUGUGAACGCGUACUUCGAAAUUGUAAAUGACGCCCUGCUUAAGGUUUCAACGAUUGAAGAAACAAAGAGGAAAGUAGUGACCUUUUGUUCGACAGCUGUAGACUUGAUGGAAGGAAGUAAUGAUCCUUCGGCAAAGGAGCUCACAUCACUUUUACAAACGGCUACUGAUUUUCUUCCUACGAUUGAAGAAUUAAACCGCCGGAUAAUGGAUGUAAACUCAAGUGUUAAAGGGUCCAAGGAGUCGAUUGUAUUUUCAAACGUUAUGGAAGAAUCUCUGGUUUCUCAGAUCAACUACCUCGGUAGAAUUCAGGAUCAGAAUAUGCAUGAGUCAACUACGGCACCUUCGCCGAACAUCAUAGAGAAGUUUAUACAGCCGACUAAGGACAUUGCAACCGAACCAAAUGAGGCCGUAUCAAAACCGAGUGACGAUGUAGUGAAAAAGGUUGGACAAAUCGAACAAACGAAAGAAAAUGGACAUGUCCAUCUAGAAACAAAUGGUAUCAAUGAAGCUAAAGGACGUCCAUGGGAUCAUGUUGCUGAGUCAGGUGGCGAAGCUGAGGUUGUCCAGAAAUUGUCUGCUUUAAAAGUUGUACUAAACGAGAGACCAGUCAACUACAAAUGGAGCGACGAGGAGCCGCUCACUUUUGGCCUGAGGUAUUUCAACACGUUGGAAGAGGGGCCACUGGAUUUAGCUUUAAUUCGCAAUGGGACGACAAAACAACUUGCAGUUACGACGGAGUUUAGUCAAACUAUCAGUGUCUUCGACGAAAAACUGUACCUUAAAAAGCCACUCGGCGAACCCUGGUUUGGUCACGUUCGCGGAUUAUGCACAGAUGAUCGAGGAAGACUAGUCGCCGUCACUAACAUUGGCGAUGUUCUUCUAUUCGACAACUGCUCUACGGAACGAGUAAAACGUAUCUACUCAGUCUACCAAGGCGCUAUUCACUCAGAUUACGCAAGCACUAAGUGCGGAAUUGCCAUAUCUAGUAGGCGAAUUCUGUAUCUCGGUAACGAUGGGGACGGCUGUGUUGAUGCUAUUCGAGGCAAGAAUGGUAAGCUCAUUAGAAAAAUCGGCAAAAACCGGUGUAUGGAGCCAAGGGGUAUCGCGUUGACGAGCGAUGAGAGGAUACUAAUAGCUGACGCGCGUAACCACUGCGUGUGGUUGUAUGCAAAAGACGGACAGUGUGUUAGAAAGUAUGGUAGACAAGGGAAGAAUAUUGGCGAGUUAUCAGAACCGUGGGGAGUUGACGUGGACAAGGACGGUAACGUAGUGGUAGCCGACACCGGAAACCAUCGUAUCCAGAUAUUUGAUAAAGGCGGCGCCAGCCUGGCAACUAUAGGCGAACACGGCAGUUUGACCGGACAAUUUGACUGGCCUAUGUCGGUAACUGUGACGAUCAAUAGAAAGAUUAUUGUAUGUGAUAGUGGAAAUUAUAGGAUACAAAUACUGUAGGUAGGCCUACGGCUUGUGUCGAAUAUACUUAACUUGUUGUUGACAUUCUAAUCGUUUGUCAAUGAGUCUUU